CCUUCACCGAGGCAGAUGCUGGACGCUAAAACACAUCAUCUUCACUCACCGUGUUCACCAAUAACUACCUACUCAUCUCACCGAUAAUUCACCAUGUGUCUUCAAGACUUUGACGGCGGCAACCCGAUUCCUGCUAAACCAUCCAUAGACCCCAAUGACCAUCUAGCCUACAUGCGAUUGGCACUUUCUCAGGCCCACGAAUCACCCCCGAAGCCUUCGAACUUUCGCGUGGGUGCGCUUCUCGUAGAUGCAGACACUGGAGCUAUACUAUCACAAGGAUAUACUUUAGAAUUGCAGGGCAAUACGCAUGCGGAACAGUGCUGCCUUAUGAAGUUCUCUAGGGAACAUGAUCUCCCCGAAGAACGGGUGGGGGAAGCAUUGCCGCCAAACACUGUCAUAUACACCACGAUGGAACCUUGCAACCUCCGCCUGAGUGGUAAUCUACCAUGUGCGGAUAGGAUUAUUCGGACGAAGAACAAGGACGGGAAAAAUGCUAUCCAAAAAGUCUAUCUGGGAGUAAAAGAGCCGGAGAAAUUCGUGGGCGAGAACCAGGGUCGAACGAAGCUUGAAGACAACGGCAUUGAAUGUAUACAUGUACCAGGAUUGGAAGAAGAUAUAUUGAAUGUUGCUACGGCGGGCCAUAGGUGAACUAUAGGGACUACUGAAGCCUUGGAGUAAGCGUCCUAUAGUUGAGUCGGCAGAGCUGUUCAAGCUCAAGACCAACCCGCAUGGUUUGCCAGACACUGCAGUGCAACUUGACGCCACACGCAGUCCAGCCUCCUCCGGUAAAUCCUCUUAUAUCCGAAUUGAGGUCUCUAUGCCACUCAAUUACAUUUGAAUGUCGACUUGUACGCAAGUCGAUU